CACAGCGCAAAGUAAACUCGAUCGUUUUGAUGAGUUUGGGGAGCCUCCUCUCUCCAAACCUCUCAUCUAGGCUCGGUGUGCCGUGGGUACGCAGUCUGCUCUGUGCUGUAAUUUAUUAUGAAUGGCCUAAAUUCGCCUGCCCUCCACGUGGGUGUCGACUCGUGGCUGCUAUUGGCCGACACCAGCAGCGUCCUGUAGGAGCUCAGCUCUGAUUGGUCGGGCUGCCUCCGGGCUGUGGGCGUUAUUUUAUCGCUGGUGGAAGUGGGAUACUUUGUGACAAGGUUCAUUGUGAUAUUUCAGCGGAGCCGCAGCGGGUUGCAGCGCGCGCGCGCAGCGAGGAGCCUCUCGGACAGGCUGUGCAGCUUUUUUUUUUUUUUUUUUUUUUUGCUUUUUCUUUUGGUUUUGGGUGGUGGCGUGUUUUUGAACAGCAUCGGAAAAGAAAAUCAACUUGAGAGGGAUGUAUUCUGUUGAUUUUCUCGUGCAGUCUUUUAAAGCUUUUGUAACUUAUGGUCCAUGUUUAAAUGACGGCACGCGCGUGUCUCUGCUUGGCACAGACAUAUCUAUGUAGCAUUCGGCAACAAAGACACACAUCAAACAAAGAGACUUUUCUGGCGGAUUAUUUCUCAUGAGAUCCACGCGGAGAAAACACGCACUGGCUUUGAUCCCGAUCCUCAGCUCCUGAAUGCUGCAUUUGAUUUGCAACCAGAACCAGGGACGCACGCCCAAACUGCUCCUUCCUCCUACUCCUCCUCAUCCUCGGCUCUGCACGUCUCGUCUCCCCCUUCUCUGAGCACAGGUUAUCGGAUGGACCAGCAUCCCAGCGCCCGGAGCUGCAGCAGCCGCGGAGCUGCGUCCUGCGAGGCCGUUCCGGCGGAACCCUCCAUGAAUCUCUACAUCCACUCCACUACCGGCACGCGCUUCGAACUCUCCCUGCCCCUGGAAGAGACCGUGGAGGGACUGAAGAGGAGGCUGUCGCAACGACUCAAAGUCCCAAAGGAGAGACUCGCUCUUCUGCACAAAGAAACGCGACUAAGUUCAGGAAAACUACAGGAUCUAGGAAUCUCGGAUGGGAGCAAGUUAACACUUGUACCAACGGUUGAAGCAGGACUAAUGUCUCAAGCGUCAAGACCCGAACAGUCAGUCAUGCAAGCCUUGGAGAGUCUAACAGAAACUCAGGUCAGUGACUUCCUGUCCGGCCGCUCUCCCCUCACCCUCGCCCUGCGUGUCGGUGACCACAUGAUGUUCGUCCAACUACAGUUGGCGGCGCAGCAGUCCGGCGGUCCCCAGCUUCAGCACAGACACCUCAUCACCCGGGGCAAUGCGGAAACCACUAUGGGACAGCCCACAGGACAGCCCCGUGUUCCCCACCCUCACCCACACUCCCAUCACCACCCUCAUCUACACACUCACCCCAACCCCCAUUUUUCACAGCCGCACCCGGUUCCCUCCUCCCCCUCUUCUCCGGGUUCACCCUCCUUCCCGUUGACCUCCUCGCACCACCAGCCGCUCCCUCCAAUGUAUCAUCAUUUGCCCUUGUCUGCUCACUGUAGCCCACCCACUCCUCCACCUCCGCCCCACUCACCUCGCCCAUCCCACAUGCCCGGAGGUCUGUUGCGCUCUCCACCGCACCACCACCAUCAUCACCACCACCACUACCACCAGCCUUCCUCAGGCCAACCCAGCCAUGAGGUCAGCCAGGCCGGCCCUGUAGCCCCAGUCCUCUGCCAUGAGGCUAACUGCAGCACCAACAACCCCAACACUGGUACCAGUCCCUCGGCACGCUCCCGUAAGCCUGGUGCCAUCAUUGAGAGCUUCGUCAACCAUGCUCCCGGAGUCUUCUCAGGGACCUUUUCAGGAACUUUGCACCCUAACUGCCAGGACAGUAAUGGGCGUCCCAGACGAGAUAUUGGCACCAUCCUGCAGAUCCUUAAUGAUCUCCUGAGUGCUACCCGCCACUACCAGGGCAUGCCCCCCUCUCUCACUCAACUCCGCUACCAAACCCAGUGUGGUUCACCCAACUCCCCAUCCCCCUCACCUCCCCCUUCACCCCCAGUUGCUGGCAUGACUGGCCUCUCGGCCAAAGCUACCUCGGUGCCCGCUGGCAGCCCAAGCAGCCCUCCCCCAACAAUUCAUCCACUGGUGCAGUGCCAGAGCCAGAUCCGCAUGUGCAAGCCCCCUGGUGACCGCAUGCGUCAGACCGAAAACCGUGCAACCCGCUGCAAGGUGGAACGCCUGCAGCUGUUGAUGCAGCAGAAACGUCUGCGCAGGAAGGCCAGGCGGGACCAGCGCGCUCCCUAUCAGUGGCUGCCCAACCGCAAGGCCGGGCGCAGCAACAGCAACAGCAGCAUGUCCAGCGAGGGCUCCCUGGACCUGGACUUUGACGACUCGGUGUGGAAGCCCGAUGUCAAAGCUGACUUGAAGUCUGAAUUCGUCAUGGCCUGAACAUCCCAUCCCGAAGGAAGGGCGACUGAUCUGAAGACGUGCGAAGCAUUGACUGGGAUUUGUUUUGAGAUAUGGUUUGAGCGAGUGAUUUGGUGGGAGGUGACGCAGUAUCGCGCAGUGAGGAAAUCAAAGCUCUCCUUGUCAUGUGCGCAGUACUCCCUGCAGACUUUAAUCCCUUUCUGUCCUUCGCGGCUGACCUUGUGAGAAACAGCAACAAUAGCACGUGAAAUUUCUUUUGAUGCUUGGAUGUGGACAAGCACCAGCCAGGACUUGCCAGUGUACAAGACGUUUGGGUUGUGAUCACAGAAUCCACACCUGAACUUGAGCAUAGCAGAAUUCAGUGGGUAGUGGUGGUGGUAUUUUCAGAUAUGUUUGGUUUUUUACACUUUCUUUUUCUUUUUUUUGUGCACUCUGGACAGCAAUGAAGAGAUCCACACUGGACUUUUUAACAGGGCAGGAGCUCCUGAUGUCUGCUAAUUACAAGAACGGCAGAACAGCCAAACUGUGGAUUAUUCUGAUGGGCAUUCUUACUGAUCUCAAAACGCACCAACCAGAGUCCAAUUUUUACUAAUUGUGAGGUGGUUAAACUUUUUUGUUUUGUUUUCCAUUUUGAAACAUAUUAUAUUUUAUACACAACAACUAAAAAAAAAAAAAUGUAGCAUUGUUCACAGAGCAUUCAGGUUUUCAUAUAACGGUUCAAAAAUAGUUGUUGAUUUGCACAGUUUCUUGAUUUAUAACAGCUGGUCAAAGUGUGCAAGGAGGAGGCGGGCCUGACAGAAUUAAAAAAAAUAUGGUUAUGGAAGUACUGAUAUCAACCUCAGCGACAUACGGAAUCGAUAGGAAUGAUUAUUAAGCAAAAUUAAUAUUAACAGAAAGUGCUUUAGAUGAGUUUAAAUCCUAUAAUGUAUAUGAAAAAAAUCUAUUUUUAUUUCUCCUCCUGUCUGCUGUUUUUUAAAAAUGGCAGCCCUAUGUGGCUUUGGUCAAAUCCUUAACUUACCGACAAGUAAAUGCGUCAAUCACACAUCAGCUCGUUCACAAAUUACGGCACACAACAAUAUUUGCGCAGCUCGCCUCGUGUGCGACUGACCCAAAUGGACUUGUGGAGGGUUGAUGUUUGUGUAUAUACAUGUGACAAUUGGCACAGGUUAACGAGGGUGCAUGUGCGUUCAACUGAAGUGUAAAUUGAGUUAGAAUAUCUUGUGAUAUCGUCAAAGUUGUCUUCUCCCAAAACCCCAUAGUUUCACAGAAUCAGGGAGCCCAGCUCAGUGCAGCUGAAGAGCGCGCCGCUACUUAGCAAACAUCAAAAUCAGAUCCGAGUUUGAGGCCUAUUUCACCACAUGUCCUUGUAAUAAUGUGGAUUUUUUUUUUAUUUUAAUUAGAAAAAGGGAUGGCGAGGGAACAGUGUCCAGCAUCAUUAUCUAGUGCCUCCACCAGGACAUCCAUCGACAUAUCAAGUUCGGCCUUUCACAGUUUUGCUGCUACACGGGGGGACUUUAAGGGUGGAAACAAAAAGAAAGAAAAGAAAAAAUACCACAGCAGGGUGGGUGGCAACUCUUCUUUGCAUGCAGAAAUGUUAGUUACACUGAUCUUUUGUCUAAUCAUGGUUGGAAAAUAAAAAAAAGAAAGCCGGUGCUGUGGGAAUGAAGGUUAACAACGUGCAUGAAUUUGUGAAGAAAAUAAACAACGCUGCUUUUGUCGGUUCGGUUUUGUCUUUUUUUUCCCCUUCAGUGUUUGAGUAACCGUGUCCUGCUAAAGUAUUACAGCACACACACACACACAAAAAAAACAGAUGAAGUACAAGUGGGGACUCGUGUCUCGCUCGGCGCUGAACAUUUCUGUUACGUGACGAAGAGGAUGGUGGCGCUGAGCAAAGAGCUACUGACUCUAUACUCCCUGAUUGCUGGUUUUAUGCUCUCAACCCCCCCAAUACCCCAAGACUGUCAAGGACCCCGACAGCCAGCGUCACCCGAAGCUCAUGUGGAUGUAGUCACUGGGAUCAAACGGCGGUGGGGGGAUUCACAGUACUGUCCUUAAAACCCGAACCUGCUCCAGAGAAGCAUGUGUCUGACUGUCUCUUUAACCGUCUGUGUGUCUGACUGAUCGACCCACCCUACCACGAUUGCACUCCCGGAGAUUGCAGUGAGAGAUUACCUUUUUGGUGAACCUCAUUUUUUUUUUUUUUUUAAGUGGCCUUACCUUUCACUAAAAAAAAUAAAAAUAAAAAAAUAAUAAAAAAAAACAAAAAAGGACACACUUAGGGACUAUGGGAUGGGAAUGUUUUGUUGGCUUUUAAACUCUCUGUGUGUGAUUGUUGGACCCGUUGUCAUCGCGGCACCGUUUUGUCACAGAGGACGCUGGGCAUCUGUUGUUUUCGUGCUUUUCGCUGGUGGAGUCUCUAUUAUGUCAAGGCUUCUGUGCCUUAAAAUGUUGCCCUCGCAGUGUCUGUUGUUUUUAUCGAUCGAUUUGCAGCCACGACAGUUGUAGAUUUUGGAGUUUAAAGCUCAUUUGAGUGAAUCAAGUCCAGUUCUAAAGCUGGUGUUGGUCCUCACAUUGUAUCUUUUCUCCCGUGUCUUCAUCACAUUGCCAGUCUUGUUGGUCUCUGUUGUCCAAACCUCAUCUCCCUUGAACUCACUCCUCACAAAUAACAAGGUGCAAAUCCAUGGAACUUAUAUUUAUCUGUCAAGAGUUUUACACCACAGUACUUACAAGGCAAGAAACAGCCCUGAUUGAGUGUAGGAACGUCCUCUAAGGACGCUAGACUACAUGCACUUGUGUUUUCUUGGAUCCAGCAUAUUAAAGGACAAUUUACCCUCUGCCCCUCCCAAAUUUUAUUUAAGUUUUUUAUAUGUAUGGACUAUAAUCUGUGUGUGCCUCACUUCUGUGUGAAAUUCAAAAAAAAAAAAAAAAAGAAAAGAAAAGGAUGAAACAAAACAAAAAAGAUGACUCAGCAUUAUGGAGAGGAAAAAAAAUACAGUGCGUUGGUGGAAUUCUGAUCACGUCAUUUAAGUUGCCUGUGUUUUCUUGUAGCCAACUAUUGAAAAUAACAGGAUUCAAAAAUACAAUUUACAAUGUUCUAGCUCUAGACCGGUGUAGCACAUGUGUGACUGUAUUAAUUUAUGAAACCAAAAUGGUAACUGUGAAUUAUGUAUUUCUUUGUGCUUUUUCUUUUCUUUUCUUUUUUUUUUAAAGUGGGGGAGAAGGUUGUUGAGACAUGGCAACAACUGAUGCUCAUGUCCAAAACUUUUUUUUUUUUUUUUUGGUGGAAUAUAAUGGAAACAAAAUGUUAAAUGUUUCCAGUAAAAAAAGAAAAAAGUGAAAAAGAAAAAAAAAGUUUAAAAAAAAACCCAUAUGAAUAUAUUUUUUUCUUAAGCAAUACAUUUCAGUGUGACUUGUGAUAGAACAUUUUUCUUUUUUAGGUAAUUAAAUAAAAACAAAAUGAGU